GCUCGUUUCUUUGACCAGGUUGAUUGAGUAAAGCUAGAAUUGUAAAAAAAAAAUUAGUUAGAACUUAGAACAAUUUGUCCAUCCUAUAGAAUAAAACAUACUACAACUGUCAUUCAUUUUAGUGAACUUAAAUUAAUAGCAAUUAAGUAUGAAGUAAUACGUGCAAGAACAAAAUUUAGUGAACUUACAUCUAGCUAGUAAAAGCUUUGAAUAUAGCUUGGUAAAAAAGCUAGUGCACCUACAUACUUGGAGUUUCUUAAUAUACAUAUUGGGUUGUGAUUAUGCUUGGGGAAACCAUUAAAGCGAGAUUUACUGUUGGUCAAUAUCUUAAUACAGUUUAGUUGACCAUCCCAUGACAAUACUGCUGACAUAAAAAGUAAACUAAUAACAAGACCAUAAUGGUUAUAAGACCCUUGGCUUAAUGGAAAGUCUAACGGAUCAGUUUCUUCUGGAAAAGUUUUGUUUUCACGUUACAAAACACCUAAUGCCAAUUUAUUCACGUAUUUUUGUACUCAUUCAUUUCAUUUAGUGUUUAUUCACGUAAGAGUGUAAUUUAUUCAUGUAAAUCAAAAUCCAUAAUUUUUUUCAUAACAAUUUGUAUUGGCUAUAUUUUAUGGAGUUAAAUAUUGGAUUCUCAAUUAAUAUGUAAAAAUGUGUUGCAAUGAUCAUAAUCUACACAAUGACAUCCAUUUUAAUAUAUUUCAAAGUUUAUAAAAUUAUUUUACAAUGACGUGAAUAAAUAACAAUAUGCAUGAAUAAACACAAGGUUGCAUGAAUAAACAAUACUUGUUGCGUAAAUAAUCAACAUCUUACGUGAACGACGAUAAUAUGACAUGAAUUAACUCAAAAUUAUGAGAAUAAAUAAAAAAAUGUGUGAAUUAGAUGUUACGUAGGUGAGAAUAGACUUGAUUCUUUUUUUUAAUCCAUGUUGUGCCAAAUUAGUAAAGAGCGCGUCCCCUACUCUGUGCCCUUGCACAGGGCUGAAGGUGAAGGGAACUGUUAUGAUUUAGGAUACAAGUGACGAGAGUUUAAAUGUGUUGUAUAAUAAUGGCAGGGGAAUGCGUGAGUUUAAUCUUAUCUUCUUUGGGAGUGAAUCCAUUCUUUUGUUUUGCCCAUUUGUUUCACUUUUAGUUAAUAUGGGGAAAAUGAAUGAAAAAAAGAACAGUAGAUAAUCAUGCUCUGUUAAUCCUAGUUGCACGUACGUGUGCCGUCAAAACAAAGUUUCAACAAGUGAUUAAUGCCUGUAAUUUGACUAAUCAAAACUUAUUCAACUAUAUCUAAGCUACCUAGCUUACUCAAUGUGAAAAAAUAAAUAAGCAUCGUUGGGGUUUAUAAUCUGCAUUCAGUUGCUAAUUACGAUUAUGAAGUUAGUUAAGAGCAGGCUUACUGGUGGAAUGCUCUGGAAUUGUGCUUCCGAUAGCCAAGUUGCUGUCUCUCCCGAACGACGAGUUGUGAUGAUCCGCCGCCAUAACUGCUCUCCGAAUUCACGCUCGAGCUAAAGGAAGUCCUCGCUCCAGCUCUUGUCCGCUUCCGAUCGAUUUAGCACUUUUCUUCGUCAGUUCCUGUUAAAACGUGGAAACAUUACAAUCAAGAACGAGAACGGCAAACUGAAAUCACGAUGCGAUGGAAUCAAAUCGACAUUGCAAUUGGACUAGCUAAAUCGACGAUCCAAACACCAGUAGAAAUGAAAUUCCUAACCAUUACAAUCAAGAACCAGAGUGGCAAACUAAAAUCACGAUCCGACGGAAUCAAAACUAGCUACGAAGUAGAAAUGAAAUUCCAAACCAUCACAUUAAUCGAGAACGAGAACGGAAAAGGGAAAACAGAGGUACCGCGGCCGUCGCUGCUGCUGUUGCCUUCAGCUGACGACUCUUCGAGUUGAGAAUAGGAAGCGAAUCGGAGAGGAUCAAGCGAGCUAGUGUUGAAGGAGCAGAAGUAGUAAGCAGAAGCGAUCAGAACCGAGUGGUGUUUAGUCUCUGUGAUAGAACGCUCUGAAUUUUUAGAUCAAUCGACGAAAUCUGCUGAGAUCCAACGGAAUCAAAACUAGCUACGAAAUAGAUAUUCCUACAAUCCGAACUCCCUAGAAAUGAAAUUCCAAACCAUCACAUUAAUCAAGAACGAGAACGGAAAAGGGAAAACAGAGGUACCGCGGCCGUCGCUGCUGCUGUUGCCUUCAGCUGACGACUCUUCGAGUUGAGAAUAGGAAGCGAAUCGGAGAGGAUCAAGCGAGCUAGUGUUGAAGGAGCAGAAGUAGUAAGCAGAAGCGAUCAGAACCGAGUGGUGUUUAGUCUCUGUGAUAGAACGCUCUGAAUUUUUAGAUCAAUCGCCGAAAUCUGCUGAGAUCGGAUCCAUUUUGUGUUGUUUGGCAAAUUUGCAGAGUAUUUGGCUGAAAUUUGAGUUUGAAGGAUUUGAAUUGUCGAGGGAGAGGGAGAGGAAAAUGGAGGGGAUUGGAAAGUGAGGGAAACACAAUUGAGUUUCGUAAUUUAAAUAGGCAGGCGAGAAUCCUCGCGGGGGACGAAGAGAGAAAAGGUGUGGAUGAGUGUGUGGGGAUCCCGAGGCGGGUGAGAGGUUAUACGAAAUUGGCAACCAAAUAGGCAUGCAUGAGGGAAGGUGUGAGACUACAUGCGUCGUUUAAUCUUUUUUUCAUAAGCAUCGUUUAAUUACACAUCGUCUAAUCAUGUUUAAAACCUUUCUCUCCCAAAAAAAAUUAUUUUAAAAACUUUUUGUUAAGGGAACGACCGAACGAGAUCAACCAUGAGCUGAAAGCCGUAUUUGUUUCAAACGAUCCAGCCCGCGACCACAACUGUAACAGGCAACACGGCCCGUUACCCUUCUAAUUGCUGGUUUUGAAUGGGUUAUGGCCUUAUGGGUUUGAAUUCAAUGUAAUGGAUGGGCUUUUCCUUGCUUUUGUUAUCUACUUUGUACAUUCUCGGUUAAUGAAAUUCUGUGUAAAAAAGGAUUAAAUUAAUAGAUAAUCAUUGUGUUAUUAUGUUUAACGUAGCAACAACUUCUAAUUCCUAAUCAAGCUAGAGUAUAUAAUCACCCGAUUCAUACAAUUCGAUUUUGAAAAUACUAAAUUCAAACGCAUCCAAUAAAAUAAUAUCUUAUAGUUUGUUUAUGAUUGGGUUGUGUUGGGUGGACUAUACUUUAAGUAAAAACCCAACCCAAAGCUAAAAAAAAUAUAUAUGAUUAAUUAAAAUUUCAAUUUCAAACAAAUAAACCAUAGGAAAAACAUCAAAAUGCAAAGAAGUUGUUGAUUGGAUCUUUGAUAAAAAAACACUUUGAUUGAACAUAUGGCUAAUAUUCUCCAUAAAUAGUUACCAAAAUAAGUUAAAAAAGUUAUUCAUUAUAAGCUAACACAUCUAUAAUAUAUUAUUCGUCUAAAAUUGUAUACGAAAGAACGGAAACAUAGUUUACAGUAAAUGUAGUACUAAAUUUGGUGUACAUGCUAGAUGCUUGCAGAUACGGUGUACGUCCUGCGGCUCGGUCUCCGUUUGGUCAAAGGCAAAGUCAAUUGUAAUGAAUCACAAAAAUAUAAUGGAAUGAACACUAAAUUUAAAU